AUGAUAUAUGAUACAAACGUGAACCCUGGCCAUGGAAUAGGCAACAAUCUUGAUUUGGGCAUGACGCUUUUCGACGCCAUCAAGCAUCUAAACGAAUACAACUACAAGUACUCGGUGAUUUACGAUGCUAAGAACUACUAUGAAGCGCCCUUGAUGAUUGAGAUCAAAAACAUGCACAUACGACUCACGUUCAGCAGCAACAUGGACCAGAAAUUGACCUUGAUUGAAAUCUUGAACUUGGAUCAGCUGGCAUUCCUGGAUUUCCCGCUUAGGUUAUCGUACAAGAACCAGCGCUUGAACGAAUUUGAAAAUGUCUCCAACACUUCGAGCAGCAGCAGCAGUGUCAACCAGGAAUUUUCCCCCAUUAGCACGCCGUCGAUGCCCACGAGCUCGUUUUCGGAACACUCGCGUCCUUUGGUAUCCGUGGGGCCGUCGUUCAAGACUAUCUACAACAAAAUCUUUGGCCCGACGUACCCGGGAAAGCUCAAUUUGGACAAGGGCACCUAUACCUUGUCCUAUCCGGGCAUUGCUUUCAAGUUUGAGAUUUUGAAGAGGGACUUGCUUAAAAGACUCGCAGAUAAAAAGGGUGAUGUGAUUGUCGAUGAGUUGUUGAAUUGGGAUGGAGUCGAUGAAAUUGUGUGCUCGUCAAUUGCGUUGUUCAAGGGCAAGUCAUGGGAUGCGUAUAAAGAAGAGCCCGCGCCAGACCAGUCCAAGGAAAUCUUGGUCGAUCUCGACGAGGGAGUCGUACGCUUAAACGAAAAGGAAGUGAUCCAGAUUGGCAAGUCAACCCAACAAGAUAUAGUUCACAUGUUGGGACCGCCCGAUGAGUCGUUCAACAAGUUUGACCUUCGUUUACUGAUACACAACCAACUACCUGAUCAUACUGCAGGAAGUGGUCCAGGUACUGGCACCACUUGUAGUACCAGUAAUGGCGGUAGUAAUACUACCACUAACACUACUUGUUCUACUACUGCCACUUCCACGUUAAGAUCAUGCAAGUUUCACAACUACUACAAAUACGGAAUUGAUAUCUUAUACGACUUGCAAAAGUCCAACUCGUCCACGAACCAAAGUUCGUCAAAAGCUACAGUGACCAAAGUGGUACUCCAUAAUGGCGGUAUCGCCGAGGACUUGAACUUUAUGCGCUGGGGUCGAUGCAACUGGAGAAUCAAAUCGCUGAAGUUCGAGUCGUUUGACUCGUCAACCUAUUUCCACCAGUUGCCUUCUACAGUGAGGGAUUUGGCCCCCGUCUCGUUGAACCGUUACGAGUCGGAGUUUGUUGAUAACGAUUUGGAUAUAAUUGAAGUGCCCAAGAGCAGCAGCAGCAGCAAGCGCGCGUCAGAAGGGAGCGGGAAGAAUGACGAUGACGAUGCAAAGUCAAGGGCCUGGGGCCAGUCAAAGCUUUACGGAUUGGACAGGUGUAUUCUUGAAGUUCUCAAUUCCAAUGCGUGUAUAAGUUCCUUGACGGUGUUUUAG